CUAGAACGUCCUGCAGCGUCCUUCCAACUUUACUUCACUACCAAAGUCAAACGUUGUGCCAAUACUGCCAAGCGCAUUUGGUAACCUUUUUCCACUCCGAGAUCCAGAAAACGGCUAUGGAUGACUCGCACAGGCAGGAGAAUGGAGGAGGACGCAUGGGUGGUCCAGAUAGGUGUGAUGUUUCAGGACCGACAAGGCACCAUUCUUACAGGCGUUUCCGUUGCGCAUCGAAGCAUCAAUCAUCAAGGAAACGAUUGUAAAAUCCUGGAAAUCAUCACGGACGACCUCAGUCGUUGGCCCCAUGUUAAUAGUAACAACGAUCAGCACCAUCCUGCGUUUCCGAACCCCAUAGCAUAUACACAGGAUGCGCGUCUCUUCCAAGUUCCCUCUCGAAACUCAAAUCGGCGUUACAGCGAACAAGGUAUAUUACAGCUGUAGCUUCUUAUCAACUGUGCUCGGAAUGGGUAUACGGACUGCCAGUUUGAAUGCGGUUGGGGAUCCAAAGACGCUUCGCCGCCUUCGGGCACCCUCAAUUCCUUUCGUGUUUGUGAGGGCGGCGGCAUUCCCUGUUCUUUUUCCCUACACCCUAUCCACCUCGCUUCCCUUUUUACCACGCACCGCAACUCUUAUUGUCAAGCAUAGGGACGUUUCUUGUCUUUGCUUUGGUUCGGGGGGCGAGACGCCCGCCACCGCUCACCAGUUCGAAAUUUCGAAGCCUGUCGAACAAUUCGAACUACUGUCCCCUUCUUCAUAUGAUCCUUUCACUAUUGACCAAGUACUUGGGCUAUCUUCUCGAGCAGUCCUAGUCAUGAGCCGUGGCUAGACGAGCUCUCUGAUGGGUGCUUCGCAAUUACUUGGUCACCAGUCAUCAUCGUGGAGUCACCGAGACUCGGGAUAGUUCAUAUGGGAGAAGCGUUCCGGGGACGUUUUUCUAAAAGAAAACAUCUCCGAAUUGAACUAGGCGAAUGCGAGGCAUGGGAAUACCAAGAAAGUCGCACGGCGCUGUCUGUGGGACUGCGGGAGCAUCUCAGUACCCACCUUGGCAUCAGAAGGGAGACUAUCGUCGUGACUGCCUGGUGGUUAUUGACUUCCCAUGCUGGAGCUAGCCGUGCAUAGCCGAGUUCAGUUCGCGUCAUGGAGUCGUUCGGUAAUCACUGCCAGCUCCAAUGUGUUU